AUCCACGAUCACAUUGUUCGGCGAAGGCUGUUCCUGCAUUUGGCUGUCGCUCCCCGACUGUUUGCGCCACACUCACUUUCUGCUCGUCCUCUGGAGAAAUGGCAACAUCAGUGAAACUGAACACCGGUGCUCAAAUGCCCAUAGUCGGACUGGGGACAUGGAAGUCUCCUACAGGUAAGGUCACUGAGGCGGUGAAAGCAGCCAUCUCAGCGGGUUACAGGCACAUCGAUGGGGCGUUUGUCUACCAGAACGAGGCAGAGGUGGGUGCGGGUGUCCAGGCCAUGAUCAAGGAUGGAGUGGUCAAGAGAGAGGAUCUGUUCAUUGUCAGUAAGCUGUGGUGCACUUUCCAUGAGAAGCCCCUGGUGAGGCAGGCCUGUGAGAAGACUCUGAGUGAUCUCAAACUGGACUACCUAGACCUCUACCUGGUGCACUGGCCCAUGGGUUUCAAGGCUGGCAGUGAACUUUUUCCCUUGGACAGUGCAGGAGAGACACUGAGUGAUAAUACUGACUUCUUGGAUACAUGGGAGGCAAUGGAAGAACUGGUGGAUGCCGGUUUGGUCAAAGCUAUUGGUAUCUCCAACUUCAACAAGGAUCAAAUUGAAGCCAUUCUCAACAAGCCAGGCCUCAAGUACAAACCUGCCAACAACCAGGUGGAGUGCCACCCAUACCUGACUCAGGAGAAACUGAUCAACUACUGUCACUCCAAAGGCAUCUCAGUGACGGCUUACAGCCCCCUGGGGUCCCCUGACAGACCAUGGGCCAAGCCAGACGAGCCGUCCCUCCUGGAUGAUCCCAACAUUAAAGCCAUCGCUGAAAAGCACAACAAGACAUCCGCUCAGAUCCUGAUCCGCUUCCACGUUCAGAGAAAUGUGAUUGUGAUCCCCAAGUCCAUCACCCCGCAGCGCAUUCAGGAGAACUUCCAGGUGUUUGACUUUGAAUUAACCGAGGAGGAGAUGAAGACUAUCUUAGGAUUCAAUAGGAACUGGAGAGCCUGUCCAAUGCAAUGGGGCCUAAAGCACAAAGACUACCCAUUCAACACUGAAUUCUAAAAUGAAAACAACUGAGUUUCCACAGAUUUACAGUGGGUGCUGGAGUUUGCUUCUCUCUCCACCUUCUAGGUUGCUAACUUUCUACUUCCCGACACCUGUUGAGAUUGUCAGUGCAGCUUUGUGUCUAACUUUCCUUUUCAUUUUACACUCCAAAGACUUAUUUAGUCCCUCUUUUGAGAUUUUCAAAAUUAAGCAGUUCAAAUUCCUGUCAUUAUUUCGUUUGCGACUUUUGUACUGCUACAAGCACUUUUGUUUAAUCUCCAGUUUAAGUUACUGAUGAACCUAAAUAGGUUCCAUACAUACAUACUUACAAAUUAUUUUGUAAGUGAAAAAAUGUUCUGUGGUAGCAUUGCCAAUAGCAAAAGCUAUUUUUUUGUUUUGCAGAAACAUGUAAAAGAGGGAAAACCACUGCAAGUGAAAUUAUUUUUAUUAUAUUAUAAGUCAAAACAUAUUUUUUUAGCGCAAAUGUGAUACGUCCCACGAUGCACUCCUCAUUCAACUUGUUUCCUCACGAUGUCCAUUCAUGGAUUUUGAAGUUUAUUUGGUUGACUUGGGUAGAUGAUUAGUGCCUUUAAGACACUUGAUGGCACAAUGCCAGGCUGUAUUACUUCUGUGAAACAUAAAACAUGAUGUGUCGACUCCCUUCAAUGAAAUUGUGACACUGACGCAGUUACUGUUUAAUAAAAUAUACUCGAGUCACAGUCACAAAACAAAUAUAGGCUUUAAGUGCGGACUCUCCAGAUUGGAUGAAAGGUGCUAGAAGUACGAGUAUUGUCCUUGUGUUCAGGUGCUUAUAAUGUAAUUGGAUUAAUAUACCUAAUUAUAAAUACCAUUUUCAUUUUUAAUAGUUUCCAUUAAAUGGCUGCCUGAAAUCUGGCCUUUCUAUUCUUGAGGCUUGUGAAUGGUUUGCACCUUACGAUGAACCCUGUGUAUUUGGAUUAGUGAAGAUCUCUCUUUUUGGUAGGCUUGGAUAAUGAUAUUUAAGUACCUCCUGGAGGGUGUUCUUCACAGCAGGUUUCCAAAUGGCUCCAGUUGAUAAAGAAAUAAGAAACUCAAUCAUCCAGUUACAUUUGGUCCCAUGAAGAAAAGAGUCUGCACUGUUACAGUAUAUAUCAGCCUAGCUGAAUGUGCCACUUUGUAGCCAUGUGUGUUAACCCUGUUGCAGAGCUGUUGCUUUUACUUCCGGCACCAUCUGUUUUCAUAAAGAAUUACAAUAAAGUACUGUGGGAAAAAAAAAAAAA